AUGUCAAAUCAGACUUCAUUAACUCAUUCCGCCCUCUCCCACCUUUUUGGCGGCGGCAACGUCCCGAUGCCAGAAAUAGCGUCGGAGCUCCAGCAGCCACCUGGUCACUCCAUGCCAGUGGGGCUCUCGACCCGCACCGUCAUCUCUGGCAAAGCGAGAGCCUCGUGGCCCACGAUGGCCCCGUUGCCCUACACACGAGAUUACGAGCUCGUGAAUGGACUCUUCCAGUCUUCCACGCCUACCACGGUGCUGCCGCCUGCGAGCCUCGUACACAACCCAGAAUUCAAAAUGCAAAAUCCUGCCCGGCCCGUAGCGAUCUUAGCAUAG